AUGUCUAAUUCUACUCCCUUUCAAUUCCCACCGACCUACUCCUUCCCCCCAUUCUUCACACCCCAGCCGAACAGCACAACACGACUCUCGCAGCUCCAAAAAUGGUCCUUAUUAAUUCAAUCCUGGUGUCGCCACCACCGAACAUACCGUCUCUCCUUAAUAGAAGCUAUCGAGUCACCGUUAUUCCAUAAUUCCACGCUGCGGAAACGAAUUCCAUUGUCCGAGGCGCGGAAUAUCUUGGACUGGAUGGCAGAGAGCGAAGAGAAGGGUGGAGGAGGAAGGAGGGCGGAGUGGGUUGAUGGGACGAAUAAGACGAUUGCUUGGGUUUGGUGGAGGAGGCCGGAGGAGUGGGCGGGAAUACUGGCAGAUUGGGUUGAGAAUACCGGACAAAAGAACGUGGUUUUGACGGUUUAUGAGUUGGUUGAAGGGGAGGCCACUAUGUCACAAGAAUGGCAUGGCAUGGAUGUAGAUGUUAUGAUGAAGUCGCUCAAUGUCCUCGUGAAACGGGGCAAGGCCCAGGUCUUUGGUAGUGAGGGCCAGGAAGGUGUUAAGUUUUUCUGA